AGGAGAAAGCCCCUGCAACACUGACGGCCGAGUUCAGCGUGUGCAGGCGCGUCCGUGUUCCAGUAACGGGUUAGCCGUCGCGCAGUUAGCAUCGUCGGCCAUCGCGAAGAUCCCAGAUCGCGCCGGAUCGCACGAGACUCCGGCGAGCAACGAAGAAAACAAACGAACUCGCGCCGAAGAAGAGAAGCAUGCGUGGCAAGCUGCUUCUGAUCCACCUCGUCCUCGUCCUGUACGUUCUCGCGGACGUCGGGGCAGCCAGGUCAUCGGGGUCGCGGAGGUCGGGCAGCUCCUCCCGCUCAUGGGGUCUCUUCGGGUCACGUUCAAGGUCGACGCCGAGCACUCGCACCUACCCUCAACAGAAUCAAGGUGGCUCUCACCCGGAUAAGAUAGGAUGGAACGUGCCGGACAAGAAGCCUUCCGGGACCAGCUACUCCGCCAAGCCGUCCGCUCCCGUGAACGAGCACUCGGCGAAGGCCAGCGCUUCCAACGUGCAGUCGGGCUACACUCCUUCGGGUGGAUACCCUCGGCAGCAGGCUGGUAACCCGUACCACUCUCAGUCGAACAGCCCGUACAACCCUUCGGCGGGUCAGCCGUACAAUCCUUCAGCGGGUCACCCGUACAAUCCUUCAGGGGGUCACGCGUACAAUCCUUCGGUGGGGCAGGGUUACAACCCCUCGGUGGGACAAGGCUACAACCCUUCGCCGGGCCACUACAAUGCUCCCGUGGGUGGACACGCGCCGUACGGCGGGCAACCGUCCUACGGUGGGUACAACCCAGGCUACGGUCAACCAUCCUAUGGGUCGUCCUUCGGGCAACCGUCUUAUGGGGGAGCCUUCGGUUCGUCCAUGGGACAGGUUCCUCAGCAGACCAUCCUCGUGCAGCAGGCGUCGAAGCCUGGCAUCGGGCAGCUGGCCAAGGAAGCGUUCGUCUUCGCCGGAGUCAGCGCCGGCGUGAACGCGGCGGUGAACAGGCUGAUACCGGGAGGAAUUUACGGCAACAGGGGAAGCAGCAGCAGCAGCAGCGGAGCAGUGCCUCCCGUCUCGCACACCGAGAUUACCUAUAAUAAUUACUACAACAAUGGAAGUGCACCGGCUCCGGCUCCCGACGCGAGUGCAGCUGCUCCUGCCGCUGCUCCUGCUCCUGGCGCAGCUCCUGCCCCUGCUCCUGCAGCUCCUGCAGCUCAGCCUGCGGCCGAACCUGCCACCGUGGCGCCUCUAGCUUCGGAAGGCAACAAAGCGCAGUCUACGAACACGAAUCAAGAUUCCACGCAGAACAACCCGAAUCCGUUGGGGUUCAUAACGUCUAACGACGACAUCAAGAGGCUAACGGAGAGCUUGUACCAGAAGGAGAAGGACAACAACGCGUUCAAGUAUACCACGAUGAAGCUGCAGGGACAGAAGACGGACGACAGCACUACGGACGACGCACCUGAACAUUUACUGGAGGUUCAAGCGGAGGCUUACGAUCUGCCAACCGUCAAAGCGGUGCUAGCGUUGCACGACAACUACGAGCUGGACGUUAAGACGAAGGAGACCGUCACUUCCGAGGAACGUCGGGAGGAGUCGGAUCUCAUCGACAAAAUUAUGGAGACUGAGAUCAUCAAGUCCACCAUGAAAUUCCUGGCUGACAAGGGAUACAUUCCAGACGACGAGUACGAGUUCAAGGACAGCCUGAAGCGCAUUUGGUUCUCCCAGUUCAAGCGGAUCGACGGGGAACCGUCUAGCUCUGGCUUCGAAACGGUAUUCCUAGCUGAGCAAUUCGACUCGGAUAUCAUUGGACUGCACAAUUGGAUUUACUAUGCCAAACAGGAAGCUGCGAAUAAAUUGAAUUACCUUGGGUACAUCAAAGAAACCAAAAUGGGCGACAAAGCAGCUGUCGUUAAGCUACGCUCGAGCCUGAAUGGAAUAGUGCAACCAGUCAGUACAGUGUUCGUUGGUACGUCGCCCGAAUUGGAAUUCGCCCUGUACACGAUGUGCUUCUUCACUCGGCCUAACAAUCCCUGUCCGAUUGCACUCGGAGGCGUCGAGUUCACGAUCUACGUGAGCAGAAUCAACUACUUCGGGAAAGACAUCUUGGUCUCCGGGUACCCUGACAUCUAAUUUAAUUGAUCGCAAUUAUAGUUGCACGUUACAUGCAACAGUUAAGUAGAGAUGAUAUCUUUCGAAUGAAAUAGAUGUGGAAUUAUUGCUUCUAUAUAAAUAGUAUACUAGACGUUUAUUAUCCUGUAACGUGAAGGUGAUCCGAGUCCUUCUAUGUGAUUAAGUGUAUAAAGAUCAAAUCUAGUGCAAUGUACGACGUACGUGUUGACAUAAAUUUUAAAUCCCCUUUACAAGAAAGAAUUGUGUCACGAGUAAUGUUCGUUGUAUACCUGUGCAGCUUUUUUAUUCCAUUUCUCGAGUUCCGAGAGCUCUAAUACAGGUAUUAUAGAAGGUCGGCCGUGAGCGCACCGUGUAGGGAUUUUUGUUUUCUGCAACAACAUCAAGAGCCACUUGCAUUGUUGCAGUGUCAGCGGAUCCCCGAAUUUGAUAGCUCCUAAAAUACUCUGAUAUUAGACGAUAGCGAAUGAGAUUGUUGUUGUACCAAUAUUUGCUACUAUAUAAUAUACACUUUAAAUAUUUACACUUUA